UUUUCAGAGAAGAAGUCUGGUCGGGAUGACCUGAUAGGGAAAUGUUGCUCGAGUGAGACCACGGGUUGUGCAAGAAUGACCACGGGUUGUCUAAGGACAGCCAAGUGAGGGAGGACAUCUGUUUAUCUUGAACAAACUGUGUGAUUGUCUGAUAGUUGCCAAACAUAUUUGUGUGACGUAGAAAGACUGUAUAAAAGUUCUUGUCUAUUGAAUGCAUGUCGGACCUCCCUGGCUAGGGAGGCUCGGCGUAUGAGAGACUUCCCUGGCUAGAGAAGUUCUGCGCGUGAUUUCCAAUCUGCCUGGCAACAAUAAAGACAAGACCUUUGCAAUCAAUCUUCUGACUCCAAGCCUGUUAAUUCUUGCUUCACUAAGAACCACUUUCGAGACCCCAACAAUUGGUGACUACCGACGUGAUUCGCUACAUCUACAUUUGAGAAGAUCUGCCUGUUCCAUCCCAAACGCAACAUGAGUGUGCCAGAAAGACCGGUAGAGGGAGGAGCCAGAGCUGUCCUGUCGCCUGACCAGACCGUUCCAGCUGCUCCUCUGCGCGUGACCGCCCAGGAGGUGCUCAGCCUCAAAUUCCCUCUUCUCCGAGAACGCCUCGUCGAGAUGAACAGGAAAUGGGCCAAGCGCACUGCCAAGAUGACAACAGUCUGGCCAGAGCACGGGACUUUCGAUCUAAGCCUCUGCGACGACAUGAGGGUCCUGAUCGCCAACCACAGCCAUUCUGGUUCGGCCAAGAAAAAACUUAAAAAACGCAAUGAGGAAGCUGAGUUUCUGAAGCUGUAUGAAAAACAAGGACAGAACUAUUGUGAUACGGCUAAGGCUUGCUUGCUCGCAGCCAAGACCGAUCAUGAGACUCUAGAGAGGGCCUCCCCUCCCCCAUACGCUAAAGAGGAGAGCGGCUCUGCCCCACCCAGAAAGACGGUGUAUACGGGUGAGGCAGAGAACCCAAGAUAUUCAUCAUCCAUCUUGGCCCAGAACCCUGUUGAACCCCUCCCAAGCCCUGUAAUGAGUCAGGGAAGGCUAGUCCGUAUCAAGGAGCCUCCUUCAUACCAUCAAGCGCCCAUCCUGGUGAGGGGAACUCAGUUGAAUUAUGUGCCCUGGACAACAAUGGACAUGACUGGUUUAAUUGCUCGGCUCCCCAAUCCAUAUGAGGGAGCGAGUAGGUGGAUUAAGGCAUUCGAGCAAGAGACACUAGGCCACAACAUAGCUAUCGGAGACAUCAAAAUGAUCCUGGGGCGCACCCUCGGAGCUGGAGGUUUGAGUGACGUCAUGCAUUCUCAGCAUCUGGCCGAGAUCCUAGACACUCAUGCGGGGGACGGAGACCUUUUCAAUGCAAUCCGCACAGAAGUCUGGGAAAGCCUGAGAACCCUCUUUCCGGAUCGGGUGAGGCUGGAGAUGCUCACUGGGGAGACAAUUGAGUCAUCUGAGCCACCAAUGGCAUUUAUUCACAAAACUUUGGGGAAAUGGAGAGCUGAACUAGGGAAAAAUCCAGAAGACGAGGUCCUGCAACAAGCAAUGUUUCGACAAGGGGUCGUCCGAGGCCUGACAGAGACUGUUCAGGGGCGGUUGGCAGAUGUAGUGGGUCUCUAUUCCAUGCCUUUUGCCCAGUUUUGCGAACACAUCACCCAUGCCGUGGUAAAAGAAAGGAACAAUGAAAACAAAAGGCUGCAGAGUGACCGAGAGGAUGCGCGGAAGCUGAACAAACUCCAACUCAGGUCCGGCCUACAAGCAGUACUCGUCGCUCCCCCUGCUGCCUACAGUCAAAACAGACAGUGGGGGAGCGAGCCAGAAGGGCUGGCGCUGGGCCUAGCUUCCCAGUAGCCGUGGCCCUUCGAGAGAUGACGUAAGAAGCAGGAGUCACCUCUCUACAGGCCAAACUGAAAGGGACUGAGGGGGGGGGAGAAAGCAUUAACGGAUAUCAAACUGAGUCUACAACAGGCACCAGCUCUGGCCCUCCCGAACUACGAGAAACCCAUCUUCCUGUAUGUAUCCAAUCAUAAUUUACACACACCACAUAAUUGCGAAUCUUGUUGAACAGGGUAAAUUUCGGUUGACAGAGGCACGGGGUUAGGAGAUUUAAA